UCGAGUCAUCAGUACAUAUACAAAUACGAUAAAGGAAUAAUCAGCAUUUCAACAAAAAUCACCGAUUACCAACAAAAUUGAAUCGAUUAAAAUUUGGAUUUUUUUUCUAAAUUUUGGAUAUUUUUUUUUUGAAAAACCAUGACGAAGGACAGAUUUGCAGCGCUCGUUGCGGCACAAAGCGAUGAGAAUAUUGUUGCGCUGGACGAUGUUGAAGGACGUGACGGCUUCAUGGACGAGUUCUUCAACGAAGUAGAAGAGAUAAGGGAAAUGAUAGACAAAAUAGAAGCAAAUGUCGAAGAAGUGAAGAAAACUCACAGUGCCAUCCUUUCGUCACCUCAAACAGAUGAGAAAACAAAGCAAGAGCUUGAAGAUCUGAUAGACGAUGUCAAGAAAUUUUCCAACAAAGUUCGUACAAAACUUAAGGGUAUUGAACAAAACAUCGAACAAGAAAAAUUUAGGAUUAUUAAACAAGAAGAACUUAAAUUCGGUGCUGAUAUACGAAUACGACAGACACAACACUCAACCUUAUUAAGAAAAUUUGUCGAGGUGAUGACAGAAUAUAAUAGAACCCAAAUCGAUUACAAAGAAGGGUGCAAAGCCAGAAUAAAACGUCAAUUAGAAAUCACUGGUAGAACGACGACAGAUGAAGAAUUAGAACUAAUGUUGGACCAGCCAGAUCCGGCCGUUUUCACACAAGGCAUUAUCAUGGAUACACAUCAAGCCAAACAAACAUUUGCCGACAUUGAAGCCCGGCAUGCCGAUAUCAUCAAAUUGGAAAGUUCGAUAAGAGAAUUGCACGAUAUGUUCAUGAAUAUGGCUAUGUUGGUCGAAAGUCAAGGUGAAAUGAUUAAUCGCAUAGAAUACCAUGUUGAAAUGGCUUACGACUAUGUGGAUGAAGGAACGAAAGAUGUCAAUAAAGCGAUUAUAUAUGAGAGAAAAGCUCGUCAGUAAAGUAUUGCAAUCACCCCAAAAUUUUAAAAUCGCUAAAAAUCGUUUUUCUAUGCGUUUUGGGUAUAGAAAAUCACAGAGCAACGAUUUUUUGGCCUUGUUUAUCUGGGGAUGUGGUACACUGUACCCUGUAUGGUGUACGCAAAAAAUCAAUAGGUAAUUGUUAGCACGAUAACUCUCCUUAGAGAAAAGCAAAUCCAAAUCUGAUUUUACAGGGUGAUUGGGGUUUGCGAGGAAUAGGCUGGUAUUGUUUUUCAGCGAUAUUCGUGCAUUUGUGUAUCCAUGGUGACACCAUGAUGGAGUAUGAG